GGAGGGUUUGGAGAUGCAGGGAAACGCUGGACGCGCGGAGUCAUUUUUCUCCUGGAGCGUGAGGUCGCAGAUAAGAGAGGUGGCAUCUUGUGGAAAUCCAAAAAGCGUUUGGUUAUUUUUGGAGGAAUAAGGACAAUGUGGAUAUUUUGCAUGGCAGUUGUCGUGCAGCAACGCCGAAGAGAGUGACUCUGGAGGUUUCACGGGCACGCGCGUCCGGGUCCUGCAAUGGAGGCGCGGCCUCCCGUUCCAUGGUUGCUAAGCAACAGCGCCCAACAGUCGCUGCAAAGGCGAGGCCUGCAGCAGCAAAGGCCUGGGACACGGCUGCUAGUCGCCCGGCGUGGAGCAGCAAAGGCCUGGGACACGGCUGCUAGUCGCCCGGCGUGGAGCAGCAAAGGCCUGGGACACGGCUACUAGUCGCCCGGCGUGGAGCAGCAAAGAUCCGGAACACGGCUACCAGUAACCCGGCGUGGAGCAGCAAAGGCCUGGGACACGGCUACUAGUCGCCCGGCGUGGAGCAGCAAAGGCCUGGGACACGGAUACUAGUCGCCCGGCGUGGAGCAGCAAAGGCCUGGGACACGGCUACCAGUCGCUCAGCUUCUCUCAUCUGUCAGCACAUCUUAUGCACUUCACAGCUUCAAGAUCUAUAACAUAACUAUGAAAUGUCUGGAACACAGAAGUAUUUUGCUUCACAUGCCUCUGAAGAGACACACGAGCAAGAUAGUUUACACAAGACAGCGCGACCAGACUUCCACCCUUCGAGACAGACAUCAAGCACUGCAGGAAAUCCUGUACAAGAAAAGUUUAAACAGACAACUGAUGGCUCUAUGCAAAUAUCUGAAGAUAUACAAUUAAGCAAGAAUUCACAAAAUAACAUUGAAGAUAACUCUUGGGUACAAAGUCAGGCAGUUAAGGCUGAUCCUCGAAAGAAAAGUAAAAGACCAGCUGCAGAAAUGGGAUAUAAAACUAGUAAUAAGAAAUUGGUAGUUUUACAACUGCAUGAAGCUGAUGGUAAAAAUAAGUCUGCUUUCAAAUCAGCAAUAGCUCCACUUGCUGGUACAGUUAAAGGUUUAAAUAUGAUAAGAAGGCCUGAACCACCACCUAAGCGUAGUUCCUUAAAACCCAUUGAUACUUCAAAGUAUUCUACACUAGAACAAUCUACUUUAAUUACAGAAAAGACUGAUAAAAUUUCUGCUUCCAAUGUAGGAUUCCAUACUAGUAAUGGCAAAGUUGACAGUAAAAUCAGUGAAAAGAGUAAGAUCAUUCCCGCAGAAACAACUAAACAAAGUAAAAAAAAGAAAAAUCUCAACAAAUCCCCUCCUCAAACAUCAGAUGAUGCAAUUGCCCAUUUUGAUAAAGAAGUUGGCGCUCAUUCCAUUCAUUCUCAAGGUAUGAAGUCUGCUUCAGAACUGCUAGAAGAAGCUAAAUAUCUCGCAAUGUCAGAUGCACCAAAGAUAUAUGAAAGAAACUUUGAAAUUAGCAAGCCGGAGCAGUCCCUGACCGCAGCACAGCAAACAUUUACAGCAAAGGCAAAAUCUGUAGAUGAAAUCAUUGUUUCACUGCGGUCUGUUAGCCAAACCACCUCCCAGUCUGCUUCAAAUAUGAAGAUCAAAGGACUUUUGGACAGAGUGCUUGGUUACAGUUUUAGCAGUAUAAGUGAGUCGACUCAAGCAGUGAUAACUAUGCAGAAAGAGGAGGAUGAUGUAAUAAUUCCGCAGCCUGAGGAUGCUUUGAGAAUUACACGAUUUGAGGAUGUGAUAACUUCACAACCUGUAGAGGAGGUAUCAGUGCAAGAUUUGCAACUGGCAGCUGAAAAACAGAUGGAUGAUGAAAGUAUAGAAUCGGUCACAAAAAUCAGUCAUGAGGUCAGACUGGAGGAAGAAACCACAAAAGAUUUAGAUGGCACUUUAAUAAGUACAGUUACUCCUCCAGUAUCCAAAGGUGAAGCUGCAGCUAUUUCUGAACAAGCGAAAACAUCUUUAAAACAAAAUGCUUCGGAAAUUAUCAAGAGUUUGCCAGACACUCUAACUAAUGAAGAGGCAUUAGAAAUUAUUGGGUUACCUUCAGAGGUCACAUAUUCUGAUGUAGUUAAUGUGAAAGGAAGCACUUUUGGAUCAUUGAAGAAAAUUGCUGGAGACCGAGAAAUGCUACUUGAGAAGGAUGAAACCUUUCAACAACAAACUUCAGUACUGGCAACAUGGACUCCAAAAGACAAAGAUCACGGAUAUCAAACAAUUCAUCACCUUUGCGUUACUAAACCGAGUCAUGUUUUGCCUAUUGAUUUGCAACUGGCUUCAAGGCUGUACUUCACUCCAAGCAGACUAGGACAUGGCAGUAGUAAACUUCCAGACUUUGUGCAGCAUACACCAUCAUUUAUCUGUUCAAAAGAUGACUUUUCUUCUUUGAAACAACAGAAGAGAGCAAGACAUAUUUAUGAAGGAAUCCCCGUAUCAGAAGCGAUUCAGGAAAAUCUACAGGAUAGUGUUACGGUUUUACCACCACUUUCACCGGAAUAUUUGAGCGAAUGGCAAAAAAUUGCAGAAUAUUACGUGGAGCGGCCUAGACUGAUACUCUUGGGAAAAUCGAUGCAAAUUCACAAAGAUGCAACAAAGCUGUUUUGGACACCAGCACUUCCUAAGUUUGCAGUUCCUAUUUCGCACAUACAGGAAACCCUAUACCCAAAACUGCAAGUGGAAUUGGAUCAAGUGAACCCUUGUGACUUUCAUCUGAAUCAGGAUGAAGAAUAUGAUGUAGACGAGGAACAGGACAAUUUGAAGAAAAAAGCUGCUCUGCAAAGAACACUCCUUAAAAAGCACAAAUCAUUAUCAGAUCUACGAUUUUCAGACGAGGCAAGUGAUUCUAAGGCACUUUUGACAGAAUAUUAA